UGCGUCAUCUUUCGGUUGAUGUGGUUAUACAUGUAGUGCAUAGUUUCCUUACAAAAGCGCGUCUAUAACGAUAUUUGCUAUCGAUUUAUAACUAUUGAACUCAAUUGUUUUCAAUCAGUUAUUCAAUUGCUCGCAAUAAUUGGCCUCAUUCCUAAUGCGGACAUUUUUAGCGUGUAAAUUUACCUAUAACCAUUUGUACAGUACAGUAUACAAUAAUGAAUAAGCUCGAAGCAGAAUAAAGGUCACCGUCAAUGUUUACGUACACGACAGAAAUCUGGAUGGUUCCGCUAGGCUUGUGUUACUUGUAGACAGGCAAUAUUUAAAGUGUGCAAACAGUUUAAAUGCAAUCACUUUCUAUUGGAUCAGAAAAGCAAGUUGUGCAUACAGUAUACAUACAGCCAAUAGUGCAUGAUAUUUUGAAGUGCUGAGACAUGACACGUGAGGCGUCAACCCCAACACUGGUGGUGGUUGAAACAGUGCCCCUCAGUGGGGACCAUCUACCAAAAUCAGAGCGUCAGGCAGUGCAGCGUAACCCUGCCCUUGAUGGCAUCAUUGACUUCACUGGCGGGACAAUAGGGGCUAUCGCCUCUGUUUAUGUGGGACAGUCAUUGGACACAGUGAAGGUGAAAAUGCAAACAUUUCCACAUUUGUACAAGAAUGCCUUGGACUGUUUUGUAAAGACGUACAGACAGGAUGGUAUAGCACGAGGAUUGUACGCUGGAACUGUGCCAGCAUUAGCCGCAAACAUAUCUGAAAACUCUGUUCUCUUUAUGUUCUACGGACUCUGUCAAAAGCUUAUGGCCAAAGUAGUGCGUAAAGACAAUGUUUCUCAUCUGAAUCCCCUGGAAAAUGCAUUGUCAGGGGGGACGGCAGCGUUCUUUUCUUCGUUUACCUUGUGUCCAACAGAGCUGGUUAAGUGUCGACUUCAGGCAAUGAGGGAAACAGCUGUGAAAGGAACAGGAGAGAAGCCUAAUAUUGGGCCUUUUACUCUGACAAAAGAAAUUCUGCGUCAAGAAGGCAUAAGGGGAUUGUACAAGGGUUUGACAGCCACAUUUAUGAGGGAGAUUCCAGGAUAUGUGUUCUUCUUUGGAGGCUACGAGACUGCACGUCAUCUGCUCACACCGGCAGGCAAAACCAAGGAUGAUAUAGGUGCAUUGAGGACUGUCAUCUCGGGAGGUCUUGGAGGGGUGGCUCUGUGGGUAGCCAUAUUCCCUGCCGAUGUCGUUAAGUCUCGUGUACAGAUUGCAAGUACUGCUGGGACUGUAGAACCCACGUUCAGAUCCGUCAUUGUGCAGAUAUAUAGACAAGAGGGUUUGCUUGCCCUCUAUAAGGGCCUUGGUCCAACUGUUCUACGUACAUUUCCUGCAACUGGGGCACUCUUCCUUGCCUACGAAAAUACAAAGAAAUGGCUUGGAUACAUGGCCGAUACUUACACGUGAUAGAAUUGGAUUUUUGAACAUAUGGCUUCAUGUUAUAUUUUCGGCUAUUGGGGUGGUUGUGAUUUUUUAAACUAUACAAAUAUUUCACAUUUGAUAUUAACAAAUUAGGGUGACCAGAGUGUUGGCAGUGUUAUAUUAUUGAUGAUAUAUUGUGCACAGAUCUGUUUAACGGUCUUAAUUGUUUCCUUUUAAGAGCUGCAAGAUUGCUACUUAUUACCUGCAAGAACAUUAUGUGACAUGUGGUUGGCAAGAUUAUAUCAUAUUAAAUAAUAACAUUUU